UCCUCUGAUCUUUAUUAGCUCUGACACUGAAAUCUCACCUUACAAAACUCCAAACUGACAGCAAACUCUAAGCUCUACUGUACACCCUCUGGAUUCACACAGGUUUCCUCACCAGCCAUCGAGAUGUGGAUUAUGCUGUUGGGACUCGCCUCUGGAUUACUGGUCUCCUCGGGAUCAGAUGAUACCACAGUGCGCUCACGGACCUGCAGCUUUGUUGGAGUGUUUCUCGUGGAGGGGAGAGAUCGCUAUAGUCUGACAUUUGAGAAGGCCGGGAGAUUGUGUGAGCAUUUAUCAUCUUCAUUAGCCAACCUGGAGCAGGUGGAAAAAGCCUACAGUAAAGGACUACAGACAUGCAGGUAUGGAUGGAUAAACGGCACUGAUGAGGUGGUGAUAGUCCGUCAGAAGCCAAAUAAACUCUGUGCUGGCAACCAAACUGGCAUCAUCAAGAAAACUCCAGAUGGAAAAAAAUGCUUUGAUGCUUACUGUUUUGAUGCUAAAGAUACGUCAGAGAAGAACUGCAUAGCUCUGCUCGACCCUGAGAGUUCAAACAAAACAGAUGGAGGCUCAGCAUCUACAGUAGCCACACCACAGCGACCAAAUGCUGGAGGGGAAGAUUCUGAAAAUUCAACCUCUGAAGUCACAUCUGUGUCUGAGUCCUCUACUCCAGUUCACUGGACACAGACCAGUCCCACACAGAGCACCGUGGAACAGAGCCACACUGAUCAGACAGAUGAUCAGACAAGCCGUUAUACUCAUAUAGAGUAUAUAGAGUCGACAACUUCACAUCCAAAUCCAGACACCACAGGGCUGUUUGAAUCAUCAACAAAUACAACAGCUGACACUUCAGAACAAGCCAUCGCAAGCAACAGGUCUAUAGCAGACAAUCCAGCAGUUUUCCUCACAUUCUGGGAGGACACGAAUAGGGCAAAGCAUAGGCCUGACCCUAAGGACACACACCCAAACCUCCUGCCAAAACUGGCUGAUCAUUUUACUGGUCAUUUUGGCAGUUUUUUUCAUUCUGCUUCUCUGUGUUAUUGCAGCCAACAGAAAAAGAUGGUGUGGCAAGAAACAGACUCUGAUUAUUACAAAAGAGAGCAGAAGUGAAGAAAAUGCUGCAGCAGCUUCAUUGACUAAGGAGCAGGAGAUGGUCAAACUCGUGAACACGGAGAAGAUCACAGAGGACUCAGAGCUUGUCAGCGUCAGUCCAGAGAAGUGAACAGAGAUAACCCAGAUGGCAUAAGGAGAACACAAGCCGUUUUACACUAACAACAAAUACAGAUGCACUAAUAUGCCUUAAUUAAAGCUGAAUUUAUGCACAGAUAAUCUUUAGAUAAUGUAUGAUUUAUGUAGAACUAAGCCAUACAUUAACAAUUACAUCAGCAUCUGAUAUAGUGUAUGAUUAAUAGAUUAAGAAAUAAUUAGUUAAAUAAUUAAUUAAAUGUGUCAUGUAUUAAUGCAGCACCAAGUAGGUAUUACGGUCCAUUGUUUAUUAUUUUAAUCAAUUUGCCCAUCCUUUAAACACAUUAUUUGAUUUCAAUUUUUCAAAAGUUUUUUUUAAUUAAAUUUUUGUCCUGCGUAACCAUGAGAAAGGACUUCUUACCUGUUCUCUCACGUGUCUUCUGAGUAUCAUCUGCAUCUUCAGUCUCUUUCUCUUCAUGAGCAACACUUUUACCAUCUAGACUUCUCUCAACCCUUUAUGAUCGUAUGCUUAUUAAGUAAAGUCAUAACAAUGAUACCUUCACAAAUUAUUAGCUGGAAGUUAAAAUACAUGGCUUUGAAACAUUUUGUUAAUUCAUCCACACUGUUAAUAGUAGAAUUUGAUCCAUGAUGACACAUUUAAUUAACAGAAAUUCAUAUAGGACUUAAUCUAUUAAUCGGAUAAAUUAUUAGUUGAUGAUUCAGCAAUAAUUAAUGAAUAGAUUAGUUUCUCAUGAGUCAUACAUUAAAUGUGCAUUAGUAAAGCUAUGAAUUAAUGGAUGUGCACAUGUAUUUGUAAGUGUUGCCAGUUUUACAUCAUAAAAACAUGAGCAAAGAAAGAGAUAAGUAAAAAAAAGAAUGAGAUGGACAUAGAUGUGAAACAAAUAUAUGUCUAUUCUGAGUUUUUGAUAGCAGCCUACUGUAUGUGUGUGUGUGGCAUCAAGAUAGCCAACUCACAUCUAUGUUGUACUUUGUUGUUUCAUAUCUCGCUAUCUAUGUUUGCUUAUUUCUUAAUAUUAAUUUUAUAGUAAAAUAUUAAAUAAGUAGUUAAAUUUAAUUUUAUACAAGAGUUUAUGUAAACCAGCAGUUUCCCCGUGCCUUUGCUUGGUAUAACACUGGUUAAAUCGGUGCUGGUCAGAUAAGUUGAAUGAUCAUUGAUAAAGAAGCAGCCAAGUUUAUUCAAUAAAGUUGUUAACAUCA